AUCUUAACGUUCGAAUAGAAAUCACGUGAUGAGUUUAACGCGAGGGAGACUAACAGUAGCAGUGUAUGGUAGAGUCUCAUUAGUCAUUAAGUUACAAGAACUAAUAUGGUGAUGAGUUUAACUCAGGGAGACUAACAGUAGCAGUGAAUGGUAGUCUCAUUAGUAAUUAAGUUACAGGAACUAAUGUGGAGGAACAGUUAAGGAGGACCCGCUGAAACUGAUCCCUAGGUGUGAGCCUGAGAGCCUUCCUCCUACACCGGACCCACCCAAGGGUGACUGUCAACCGAGUGAGGGCUGGGUAGCUCGAACCUUGCCAGGUGUACGAGGAGCCGAACAUUCUGGCGACAUUUCGACUAAUGUCAAGGCUAAAGACUCUGGAAAUAUCUACCAGCAUUGGUGAUUCCAUUGGAAUAUGUACAGAGGCGUGUUGGUGAAGUUGCAGUGUGACAGCGCACCUGUCUAGCAGUGAUUGGGUGAAGAAAAAACAUUUGUGAGAUUCGUGAGAAUAUCGUACAACGGGAGACCACGAACUGACUGCAAUUGGCGACGUGUGUCGGUCAUCAGCCCGUGUGUCGCUGGUCGUUUCCCACGGGGAUGGAGAGAGUAACAACCAUUGUAAAAACCAAUAUUACAAUCUCCGUCUUUGCUGUUGCCUGCCGACCUUCAUGAACCGCGAGUAUUGUAAUGGCCGCUAUCUGAACACGCAGCCUUGUGGUGGGCAACGACACAUCCGUCAGGAUCUCAAUGGUGUCCUGUUCACCAGCACCGGGCCACACGAGGAAGCUGCACUUGGGUCAGGCCUCUUGGUUUGAUCAUUGCGAGUGUGACAGAGGCCAGGGAGGAAUACCACUGACCAGCCAUGCUCGACAGUCUCGAUGUGAAGCGCAUUAAGCCCUGGGUCUCCAGUUUGCUGACGCCGCUAAGGAAAGCCAUGACAAUGUUAAUUUUCUGCAUCCUCUUUGCUGUCCUCUUCCUGCUCUGGUGCUCGAGGAGGCUGAGGUCCCUCCCUCCGGGUCCGCCCUUCCCUUUCCCGCUGUUUGGCCACCUGCACUUGCUCGAGAAAGAUCCACGCAAACAGUUUGAACAGUGGCGACGACAGUACGGGGAUGUGUUCAGUCUGUACAUGGGCAGCCGUCUGGUGGUGGUCCUCAACGGCUACAACGUCAUCAAAGACGCGCUGGUUAACAAUGCCGACGUCUUCUCCGACAGGCCGCACUUGUUCAUUACUGAUCAAAUCACAAGGAACAAAGGCAUCGUCUUUUCAUCUGGACCCAUCUGGAAGGAGCAGCGGAAGUUGUCUUUGGAGAUCUUGCGUGGACUGAGCAUGGGCAAGGACGUGAUGGCUACCCGAAUCCAGGAGGAGGUCCGCGAGCUGGUCAAGGUCUUGGCGCAGCACGAGGGACGCGCAGUCGACGUGGCCAAGCUCCUCAGCAUCAGCAGUUCCAACAACAUCAACUUUCUCGUCUUCGGCAAACGCUUUGAGUACGACGACAGCAAGUUCGGCCACUUCGUCUCACUCGUCGAGGAGAACUUUCGACUCCUGCAGAGCACCGCCAUCGUGAAUUAUUGCCCCUUGAUUCGCCUUUUGCCCGGCGAUCCCUUCAGCUCCAAAAAGAUCAUCCAGAAUGUCGCAGACAUCAUGCACGACUUCUUGGAGCCCCAGAUCAAGGAAAUCGAGGGCAGCCUUGAUGUUGACCACGACAACUUCAUAAGCAUCUACCUCCACCAUGUUCGCAGACUUCAGGAGCAAGGAAAUACUCAAACGACCAUUAAUAGAGAGCAUCUACUUUGGGUGGUGUCCGACCUGUUUUCGGGUGGGAUGGAGACCACCACCAACUCCAUCCUGUGGACUUUGGUCUACCUGAUGCACUACCCCGAAGUUCUUAACAAGUGCUACAGACAGAUCACGAGUGUCGUUGGCACGGACCGGCCGCCGUCCAUCUUGGACAGACCCUCGCUUCCUUACGUAGAGGCCACGAUCAUGGAAACGCUGCGAAUGUGUGAUAUCAGUGGCUUUGGCCUCCACCAUGGUGUCACACACGGCUGCGAACUCCAGGGGUACUGGAUCCCAGAGAACACAGUGGUGAUACCCUUCAUUCACUCUGUCAUGAUGGAACCACAAAUAUGGACCGAUCCAGAAAAGUUUCGACCUGAAAGGUUUUUGGACGACAGGAACAAGCUAAUAGUAAAGGAAGAGUUCAUCCCCAUGGGAAUUGGGCGGAGGAGAUGUCUGGGCGAGAAAGUGGCAAGAGUGCAACUCUUUCUAUAUAUAGCGACAAUGAUUCAGCGUUUUCAUUUCGCACCACCGAAAGGCGGCCACCUACCAUCUUUACAAGGCAUCAUAGGUCUCACAUGCUCACCGGAACAUUUCACAAUGUGCUUCAGACCACGGGACAAGUGAAAUUCAUGCACCUCCAUCAGCUGGUGAUGUUCCUCUAAAACUGGAAAUGUCUAUUUCACAACACGCACACCUAUGCUCAGUUUAGAGUUUCAGAUAUUAGUUGUGACAGGAACCAUUUUGCUCAGUAUGAGGUAGCCUGCCUUUGUCCACUUUGCCCAGGUGCUUUGAAAAACAUGUAUUUUUUGUGUCCCUAUUAUAUAAUGAUUUUUUUUAUAUAUAGGGGAUCUUUUGUGCAUGAGUGGGUAUAUUCCUAAAUAUAGUUUUUAAUUGUAUGUAUAUUUAAGUGAUGAAUUACUAAGCACAUUUUUACAGAAAUUGUGUAUAACUGAUUUUAAAACUGGGUUAUGUUUACAGCAGUUUUAAGAUGUGUGGUUACCUCUACAGAUGGUCACAUCCUUACUGGAGUUAUGUUCUUGAUAGAGAAUCUCAUACACUCUCAUAAAGAAUCUCAUACACUCUUUCCUCAAAUACUAGCAACUUUUCACGCACUACACUCUAGCGCCAUAUUAUCCAAAUAAAUGUAUGUACACACCCAUGCACCCAUAGGACACACAUGUGCUAAGCUAAAAGUAAUGUUUAGACAAAAAUGAAGAAAAAAGACCAUCGUCCUAGCAAUAUUACACAAACACCGACACUCUGUGUAAAUCAUUUAAUUCAACCAUACAAAUGGCUGUCUACAGCAAGGCAGGCAAGCCCAGAAGAUACUUCACCAUCAAACUCAUUGUACUUCAACAUGGUAGCUGUGUUGCCUGCUAUGUACCAAUAAUGUCAAGUCACCACAAUUAAUAUAAAUCUUACAAAAAAAAAGGUUAAUGAAAUACAUCAGAAAUGUACCAAGGGAGAUAAGAAAUGCAUUAGUACUAAAAUGGGAAUUAUGUGCUCUUUCUUUGCAGGAUUUGCUGUCUUUACAUUACACUUACUGCUUCAUCUCCCUUCAACCACACUGUACCCCUCCCCCCAAAGCAAAUGCCAUCUGUACAGGUUCCCCACCGUAGGUCCAAUGAUGUCAUAAAUUAAAAAUACUGCUUCACUCUUGUACACUAAAUCCAAAUGUUAUUUACAACAAAUUCAUGAACAAUACAUUCUCUUUAGUAAUGGGUAAAAUCUGAAACAGAACAUUUAGCUAAAAACAAUCCUUAUAACAUAAAAUGUAAGUGUGCAUCCAAAUAAAAUAAUGAACUAUU